UUUUCAAUAGAUAUCUUUUCUAAUUAUUUAUUUUCAUGGUUUUUAAAGAUUUUUGACAAACACACUAUGGUUUGACGUUUGCUGACUUUUGACUUGACUUUGACAGGAGUUGGUAUAAAGAUGAGAAAAAAAACGAAUCUAAUUAUCAAAAGAAUCAUUUGGAUUUUUUUUUGACAACAGUGAAGAGGACGACGAUUCGUUGUCAUUUUUUUGCAUUUGCAUACCAAACGUUUUUAAAUCAGAUUUCACAGAUAAACAUUGCUCAAAUUCCCGUCACAUUCAUCAGUUCUGAUCCCCGCAAAACGUUUCGCCGAAAAUACGUGUUCACCUGCUCUCAGUUUUUGAUAAAAAUAACAUGAACAGAUAGAUGUAUUGCGCAUAAAGAUGAAAAAUGGACGUUUUAUUUAUUUGUCUGCGAAAUCAGCUUCUUCCCAUAGCCUCUAGAGCUUUAACGACUCGCAGAAAUUACGUCAGACUAGCAGAAGUUGGCAAAUUAGAACAGCCUAAGCUUUCUGGAAAAUAUGAAACGGGUCAGUUGAUUCUACACAGAGUUUUUGGAUAUAGAGGUGUUGUAUUAUUUCCGUGGCUAGCAAGAGUGUAUGAUAGGGAUCUACCUCACCACAGAGAUGGGGAUGAAGAACCAGGUCCAGGAGUUGGCAAAGAAGUCAGAGGAAGGACACAUACAUUCUACCAAGUUCUUAUUGAUCAGAGAGAUUGUCCUUACAUUAGAGCUCAAUCAGAAGCUGUAACCUUCCUGGGUAACCAAGAAUCCUCCAGAAGCCUUUAUGCCAUCCCAGGUUUAGAUUAUGUUGCCCACGAAGACAUAAUACCAUAUGUCAGUGCAGAAAAGACACCACUCAAUCAUGAAUUAUUUGAUAAGUUUUUAAUGCCAAAUCCUAAAGGAGAUCCCCCAUUUGUUGCCCAAGAAACUCUGAAAGCCUGGCAAAACAAAAAUCAUCCUUGGCUGGAGCUAUCAGAUGUGCAUAAAGAAACUACAGAAAAUAUUCGAGUUACUGUCAUUCCAUUUUAUAUGGGAUGUAGAGAGUCACAUGCUAACUCUGUUUAUUGGUGGCGUUACUGCAUUAGACUUGAAAACCUCGGAUCAUUAAGUGUACAACUCAGAGAAAGGCAUUGGAGAAUAUUUUCCCUUUCUGGCACCCUGGAAACUGUCAGAGGUAGAGGAGUUGUAGGACAAGAACCUGCUUUAACCAGAACGUUACCAGCUUUUCAGUAUAGCAGUCAUGUCAGCUUACAGGCUCCAAGUGGCCACAUGUGGGGCACCUUUAGAAUGGAACGGGAAGAUGGUUACACUUUUGAUUGCAGAAUCCCUCCAUUUUCUCUAGAAAGCAAGCCAGAAGGUGGCACAGCAACGCCCCCAGAUACGGUUUAAAUAUUUCGUAUCGACCAGAUCCAUAAACAAAACAGGAUCCAACAUUUUAUCACUACAUGCAGCCUUGAAGCUAACUGGUUCAGGGUUCUUAACAUAAACCCUGCUUGACUUAUGAGGAUUAACCUCUUUUGAGUGAUGCUUCAAAUAUUUUGCUGUUCUGAAAAUACUGUUACUUGCUUGGCUGCAGUCAGUAGUAUAAAAUGAUUCGAAAUUGUUUCAGUAGAAGUAUUUUAAGUAGGUAUCUGUACAUAAACGAGGAGAGCAUGUAAAUAAAUUAAUUUAUAAUUUUUCCCGAACAAGAUUCUUGAAUAAAGUUCUAAGUGAAACUCUGGAAUUUUUCCUUGACGAGAAAGACAUGUACAAUGGCUGCUGGAGUUGACUAGUAUCGCACCAUUCU